ACGUCGGCGCGUGGCUUCCUUGGAGAAGGUGAAGCGCGCUACGGCGUUGUGCAUGUGCUGGGCUCCGAAUGCCUACGGCAGCGUGAUCAGAUUCUCUGUGGAAAGUGUGUUCGUUUGUCCCAUCGGCCGAGACCUUAGCGGCCCUUUGGUGGCUGCAGACGUGCCCUUUGUGUACUGGUGUAGGAGCUUGUGGCGGGCCGCGCGGCCCCUGACGCGGCCUCACCAUGUUGGUGCUUUUUGAGACGUCCGUUGGCUACGCCAUCUUUAAGGUUUUAAAUGAGAAGAAACUACAAGAGGUUGAUAGUUUGUGGAAAGAAUUUGAAACUCCAGAGAAAGCAAAUAAAAUAGUAAAGCUAAAACAUUUUGAGAAAUUUCAGGAUACAGCAGAAGCAUUAGCAGCAUUCACAGCUCUGAUGGAAGGCAAAAUCAAUAAGCAGCUGAAGAAAGUUCUGAAGAAAAUAGUAAAAGAAGCCCAUGAACCUCUAGCUGUAGCUGAUGCCAAACUAGGAGGAGUCAUAAAGGAGAAGCUGAAUCUCAGUUGUAUUCAUAGUCCUGUUGUUAAUGAGCUUAUGAGGGGAAUCCGAUCACAGAUGGAUGGAUUGAUUCCUGGGGUAGAACCACGGGAAAUGGCAGCCAUGUGUCUUGGAUUGGCUCACAGCCUGUCUCGAUACAGAUUGAAAUUUAGCGCUGAUAAAGUGGAUACAAUGAUUGUUCAGGCAAUUUGUGAUAGGAAGAACUACGCCUCCGCCACACUCUCUGAGUUGUUGCCAGAGGAAGUUGAAGCCGAAGUAAAAGCAGCUGCAGAGAUAUCUAUGGGAACAGAGGUUUCUGAGGAAGAUAUUUGCAAUAUUCUGCAUCUGUGCACCCAAGUGAUUGAAAUCUCCGAAUAUAGAACCCAGCUAUAUGAGUAUCUUCAAAACCGAAUGAUGGCCAUCGCACCCAAUGUGACAGUUAUGGUUGGCGAGUUAGUGGGAGCACGGCUAAUUGCUCAUGCAGGCUCUCUUUUGAAUUUGGCCAAGCAUGCAGCUUCUACAGUUCAGAUUCUUGGAGCAGAAAAGGCACUCUUCAGAGCCCUCAAGUCUCGGCGGGACACUCCUAAAUAUGGCCUCAUUUAUCAUGCUUCCUUGGUAGGCCAGACAAGUCCCAAACACAAGGGAAAGAUUUCCCGAAUGCUGGCAGCCAAAACAGUUUUGGCUAUUCGUUAUGAUGCUUUUGGAGAAGAUUCCAGUUCCGCAAUGGGAGUUGAGAACAGAGCCAAAUUAGAGGCCAGGUUGAGGAGCUUGGAAGAUAGAGGGAUAAGAAAAAUAAGUGGAACAGGAAAGGCAUUAGCAAAAGCAGAAAAAUAUGAACACAAAAGUGAAGUGAAGACUUACGAUCCCUCUGGUGACUCAACACUUCCAACCUGUUCUAAAAAACGCAAACUAGAACAGGUAGAAAAAGAGGAUGAAAUGAUUGAAAAGAAAGCAAAAAAAUCCAAGAUUAAAAUUAAAGUUGAAAAGGAAGAGGCAGAGGAAGAAGAAGAGGAAAAAGCACUAGUGGUAGAAGAGGACACAUCUGUGAAGAAGAAAAAGAAGAAGGAUAAGAAGAAGCACAUUAAGGAAGAACCAGUUUCUGAGGAAGAGCCGAGCACCAGCACAGUACCUGCUAGCCUAGAGAAAAAGAAGAAAAAGAAAAAGAAGAAAGAUACGGAAGACUGAUAGGAAGGAGCAACAGCCUUGUGGGCCGGCCUGUGAGGUGGGCAAGGGAUCCACAGGUGCCAGGGCAGGCAUGCGCAGUGGCGUCAUCACAGCUUUGUGCAUCCGCCCCACGACCUGGUGAGGUCUUCAUAUCUUAGUCUUUCAUAUGCAAAUAAAACUAUUUUCUUUGUAUCAAA